AUGAAAACUCCUGAUGGACCUGUAGCAGAAACACUAGAAGCCAGACCACUUAUCCAAACUCUAGAAGCCAGGCCAGCAAUUGAAACUCUAGAAGCUAGACCAGCAAUUCAAACUCUGGAAGCCAGACCAGCAAUUGCAACUCUAGAAGCUAGACCAGCAAUUCAAACUCUAGAAGCAAGACCCGCAAUUGCAACUUUGGAAGCCAAACCAGCCAUUGCAACUCUAGAAGCUAGACCAGCCAUUGCAACACUAGAAGCUAGACCAGCAAUUCAAACUUUAGAAGCCAGACCACUCAUCCAAACUCUAGAAGCCAGGCCAGCAAUUGCCACUCUAGAAGCUAGACCAGCAAUUCAAACUUUAGAAGCUAGACCAGCAAUUCAAACUCUAGAAGCCAGACCAGCAAUUGCAACUCUGGAAGCCAGACCAGCCAUUGCAACUCUAGAAGCUAGGCCAGAAAUUCAAACUCUAGAAGCCAGACCAGCCAUUGCAACUUUGGAAGCCAGACCAGCAAUUGCAACCCUAGAAGCCAGACCAGCCAUUGCAAAUUUGGAAGGUAGACCAGCAAUUUCAACUUUGGAAGCCAGACCAGCCAUUGCAACUUUAGAAGCCAGACCAGCCAUUGCAACUCUUGAAACCAGACCAGAAAUUUCAACUCUUGAACUAAAACCACUUGAGGAUAAACUAUCUGUGAAUGACAAGUUGUCUAUAAUAAAGAAGUGGGUAGCGGACCAAGCUGCAGAUACAUCUAGUGCCAUUAAUGCAAUUAAACACAAAGUUCAAAAAAAAGUCGCAAGACGCCAGAGAGAUGUCCAAGAAAUUCAGGCUGCUGGACCACUUCUUGCAACUCUAGAAGCAAAACCUGCUAUUCAAACUCUAGAAGCCAAACCAGCCAUUCAAACUUUAGAAGCAAGACCUUUAAUUCAAACUCUAGAAGCCAGUCCUGCUCUUUUGGAAACUAGACCAGCCAUUCAAACUCUAGAAGCCAGACCAGAAAUUUCAACCCUUGAAUUAAGACCAGAAACUCUUGAAGUAAAACCUCAAAUUUCAACACUUGAAAAUAAACUAUCAGUAAAUGACAAAUUGGCUUUGAUUAAAGAAUGGGUUGAAGAACAAGCUCGUUCAAGUGUUGUUGAAUUAGAGAAGAAGGUAGUGCCAGCCAUUCAAAAGUUGAAGGCUGAUGCAUCCAGUGCUCUUGACGCCAUUAAACAAAAAGUUGAAGUAAUUUCUACUAUGUCUGAAAAACAAGUGAACCAAUGGCUGGCAUGGUAUGAAGAAAUCCCAUCGGACGAGGAUAAUACUUCUGAUGUCGAGGAACCAUUUGAGGACAGUGGAAGUGAAUAUGAGAUAGACGACGAUACUGAGGAGAGCAGUGAUGAGAAUCCAGAAGAUGAACCAAAAACAACAGAGUUUCAAUCUAAUGAGGAAGGUGAAGAAUGGGGAGAGCUUUCAUCUCUAAAAACAAGACCUGCUAUUCAACCUCUAGAAGCAAGAUCUGCUCUUCUGGAAACUAGACCAGCCAUUCAAACUCUAGAAGCCAGACCUGCUCUUCUGGAAACUAGACCAGCCAUUCAAACUUUAGAAGCAAGACCUUUAAUUCAAACUCUAGAAGCCAGAUCUGCUCUUUUGGAAACUAGACCAGCCAUUCAAACUUUAGAAGCAAGACCUUUAAUUCAAACUCUAGAAGCCAGACCUGCUCUUUUGGAAACUAGACCAGCCAUUCAAACUCUAGAAGCCAGACCAGAAAUUUCAACCCUUGAAUUGAGACCACAAACUCUUGAAGUAAGACCUCAAAUUUCAACACUUGAAUUGAGACCACAAACUCUUGAAGUGAGACCUCAAAUUUCAACACUUGAAAAAAAACUAUCAUUAAAUGACAAAUUGGCUUUGCUUAAAGAAUGGGUUGAAGAACAAGCUGUGAGUAUUACAUUAUUUUUAUUUACCGUUCAAAAAUUUCAAAAGUAUAAUAUUUGA